GCUCCAGCUUGAUCCUUCUCUUUCUUUUGACAGCGCUCAGAAGCCAUGGCUAGUUGGCUUCUGCGAGGCUUCGUGGCCUCCUCCGUGGUGCGAUCUUUCUGUGCAGAUGAUGCCAAGCUUUUGGCAGAGGACAGCGAAUGCACAGCAGAGGAGUGUGCUUUGAACGCGCUGCAGCGCCACGCCAAAGCCAAGGCCACUCCCAUGGCAGCAGACGCCUGGACGCAGUGCGGCGGCGCUUCCUGGAAGGGCCCCACCGCGUGCACAGCCGGCAAUGAGUGCGUCAAGGACAAUGACUGGUACUCCCAGUGCAAGCCGAAGGGGUCUGCUCCAGCAACUCCUGCGACUGCUGCGACUCCUGCGACUUCUGCACCCACAGUGGUCAAGGAGCCGGCUAUGAAGACCAAGACUGCUAUUCCUGACGCCGAUACCGAGACUGACGCCGACGCCGAUGUCACGGAGUCCGAAGGCACGGCCGCCAAGCCCAAGCCGGCCAUGUCCUCCAGCGCCUCCGGCCUGCCGAAGCGCCCGCCGCAGCCCAAGCCGAAGACCUAUGCGUCGGUGAACCCUAUCAUCUCCCGCGGCAACUUCCUGUACGACUCAGUUACCGGGAAGCGCUUCUUCGCCAAGGGAGUGGCCUACAACCCUCGCAAUGAGAAGUACGACAAAUCCUUCGGCCCCAGCGUGGUAGUGGAGGGCUGGGUCGACCGCUGCGAGCCUGGCAAGCCCGAGGGAGGCUACCGGGGCUACACUGCGGACGUGCAGACCGACGCCCUGGAGGACAGCUGGGCCGCUGACCUCGAAGCGAUCGCCAACAUGGGCGCCAACACCAUCCGCUUGUACAACGUGGAUCCCCAAGAGAGCCACGCCAAGUUCAUGAAGAAGGCGGCCUCUCUGGGGCUCUACGUCAUCGUGCCCUUGACGGGCAAGGACUGGGGCUUCUUGCCAGCCUUCCCAGCGCCGGACUGCUACACUCAGGAGAUCGAAGGAUAUGGGCAUGUGGGCAACAAUGUGCUGGCUUUCGCAAAGACGCUGAUGAAGGAGUUCGGCCAGUACAACAAUACCUUGAUGUUCACCGCUGCCAAUGAGCUCGCGCAGCUGGACAAGAACGGCUACGCGGCGUUUCCCUGCGUCAAGGCGUUUGUGCGGGACCUGCACAACUACCAGGAUGAGUGCAAGAGCACGAUGCGCCGCGUCCCACUCAUCUACUCGGAUGUGGACACCGGUGGCGGCAUCGCACGCAAGACCGUUGCAGAUUAUCUCACCUGCGCCCUGGAGAGUGAAGCGGAUGCCGUGGAUGCCUAUGGCCUGAACGUCUACUCCUGGUGCGAUGAGACUUAUCCUGGUGAUGGCAAAGAUGACAACUUCCAGUACUCUCCGUACAAGGACAUCAGGGAUGAUUUCAAGGACUUCUCGGUGCCCUUCAUCUUCUCCGAGUUCGGGUGCAACCUGGGCGGGAUGGCGACCAAGUGCCCCUACCCAGAUGGCCGCACUUGGCCUGAUGUGAAGCACUUCCUUGGUGAGGACAUGGGGGAGUUCAUGAGCGGCGCGGUGGCCUUCCAGUGGUCAAUGGAUAAGGAGGAGUAUGGCCUCACCCUUUCGCCCGGCUUCCUCAAGGGUCAGGAUGAACUCUACCUGCUUGACAAUUACUUCAACCUGCAGAAGGUCUACAACAAGUACCAGGUGAACGGGACCUGGGACGCAGCUGCGUCCAAGGUGGACCAGUGCGGCUUUAAACCGGAGGACGUCGCGCCGAUGGCCCAGCCGCACAAGAGGCCUGCCUGCCCCGGCAAGGAUGUUUGGAUGAAGGUUCAGAAGCAACGGGGCGUGGACAAGGUUGCGGAUUGGGCAGUUCUGCCUCCGCCCGCCACGGCGAUCCUUGGCAACGAGACCUUGAACAUUUCCAACUGCUCCGCGGAUCCAGGGUUUGUGCUCAGCGUCGAAUUGACCUGCUCUGGGCAUUCCAACACCACCGGCGCAUGAGGCACCUCUCUGAGCCUUGCAGGGUCACGAGUUCAGAUUGCAUCUCAAUUUAUGUUGGAGCUGGC